AUGCAUUCACUCUGGUUACUGAUGUUCCUUGGGGUUGCAGUGGCUGCUCCUCUGGAUGACGACGAUAAAAUCAUUAAUGGCUAUGAGUGUGCUCCACAUUCACAACCAUGGCAAGUUUAUUUUACUUACAAAGGAAACCGCUGGUGUGGUGGAUCCCUAAUCACUGCAAGAUGGAUCAUUUCAGCAGCUCAUUGCUAUAAGCAACCUAAGACCUUGAUUGCUCAUCUUGGAGAACAUGAUACAUCAAAGGAAGAGGGAACUGAGCAGCACAUCCAGGUGGAGAAGGCUUUUCAGUACUUCUACUACAACGAGUAUGACACAGAUCAUGAUUUUAUGAUGGUCAAACUUGCUGAGCCGGCACAGUUUAACCAAUAUGUCCAACCUAUCCCAAUUGCCAAUAGUUGCCCCACGGAGGGAACUCAGUGCCUGGUGUCAGGCUGGGGAAACUUGAAGAUAUCUGAUGUUCAAUAUCCGAAUAACCUACAAUGUUUGGAUGUUCCUGUUCUUUCGGACUCAAGCUGUAAAUCCUCUUAUCCAAGCUCAAUCACCAAAAAUAUGUUUUGUGCUGGUUACCUAGAGGGAGGAAAGGACUCAUGUCAGGGGGACUCUGGUGGACCUCUGAUCUGCAAUGGAGAGCUAUAUGGAGUGGUAUCUUGGGGGAAAGGUUGUGCACAAACUGGAUAUCCUGGUGUCUACACCAAGGUCUGCAUCUAUUUGGACUGGAUUAAGCAUGUUAUUGACAGCUAUUAA